UUUCUUUGCCAGUUGGAUCGCUAGUUAAUCAACCGACUUAACGAACUAGCCUCCAAACUAAGGCCUAGUGUUCCAUAACCACACCAUUCACACCAUUCUCUCCGCCGUGAUAUUAAAGCGCCCUCCCAGCAAACAAGAAGCCAGCAAUCACACACACUGAAUCUGUACCAAUCCCUCCUUACCCUCCUCUCCUCACAUUCCCCUCCUCCCAAGCAAGCCAAGAACAUUCCCACCACCAUGACCACCGCAAACCCCACCAUUGUCCUCGUCCACGGCGCCUGGCACACCCCGGCCAACUACGCUCCCUUCGUCGCCGACCUCGAAUCGCGGGGCUUCACCGUCCACUGCCCCCACCUGCCCAGCUGCACCAACACCUCCCCGCCACCGGCCACCUACCAAGACGACGUGGUCACAAUCCGCACCCUGGUCACCACCCUCGUCAACAACGGCGAGCGCGUCCUCCUGCUCCUGCACUCCUACGGCGGCGCCAUCGGCACCGACGCCGUCCAAGACCUGGACCUGCCCUCCCGCGCGGCCCAGAACCUCCCCGGCGGGAUCGUCCACCUCCUCUACCUCUGCGCCUACAUCCAACUCCCCGGCCGCACCAUCUGGGACGUGAUCACCGAAGCCCAGAUGACGGGCUUCUGGCCGCAGUUCGUGCAAGAUCACGAGGACGGCUCCACCUUCCCGGUGGACCCCGUCCAGCUCUUCUUGGGGGACUGCGACGCGGACCAGAUUGCGGCGGCGCGGCCGCAUCUCGUGCGCAGUCCGCUGAGCGCCUUCCAUACGCCCAGUACCGGGGAUGCGUGGCGGAGAUUGCCGGUCACGUACCUCACUACGACGAAGGAUUAUUCGGUGCCCCGUGUGUAUCAGGAUAUCAUGCUGAAGCAUGUGGCGGAGCAAGGGGUGGAGGUAAAGGUGGUGGAGGUGGAUACGGCGCACAGUGUGUUCCUGUCGCGGCGGGAGGAGGUGAUGCGGUUGGUGGACGAGGCGGUGCACGAUGAGCGGAAUCCUUGACUUGGGGGAUGGCGUUGUGAUCGGUUUUGUGUUGGGGUUGGUUUAAGUUGCAAGUUGCUUGCUAAGAAAGGGGCAUUGGUCAUUACUGUCUCGUGGAUGUAGCUGGCGGGAUGAGGAGCUGGGGAACGGGGGUUUUUAGGUAUAAACAAUAAAUGCGAUUAGGAUGGAUGUAAUAUUUGAAAAUGAACCGAU